AUGGGCUUGUGCAGUUUCAUCUCCUCCACGUUUUGCACCUCCAAGCCAGAAAUCGAUACCACUGGUCCCCAGACCGCCGACUACCUCUCCCACCCCACCCCCGCCACUCAUGGGCCCAUCUCACGCCCGUCCCUCCUCUCCGAGAAAGCGAUUGGCCGCACGCAUGUCAUCACUGAGCUUGUCUGCUCCGAGAGGACCUACGUCAACCUGCUUGUCGAAUUCGAAAAGGUCUACAUCGACCCCGCCUAUCAUCCCCUCACCUACUCGCCUCACGGCAAGCUCGGCCCCAAGAUCACGCUCGACACUGCUCUGACGCCGGAGGAGCGCAAGCUCAUGUUCAAGGGGCAUGAAGAGAUUGUUCGUCUGCAUGGCGCUUUCAUAUUGCCCGAGCUAGAGAAGGCUACCCAAGACCUGUUAAAGGCCGGCGACGACACCCAAGGCUGCCGUUCCGCCAAAGCCGCCAUGCGAAUAUCCAAGGUCAUCUGCGCCUAUGCCGAGUGCUUCAAGAUGUACUCUGCCUAUAGUGCUGCUUGCGAGUGGGCUACAAAGAGGCUUGGGCAGUGGGUUGAUGGGAGAGAUCUGACCAAGGCGGACAAGGCCAGGGUGCAAGCGUAUCUGCUGCAAUGCAAGACCAACAAGGCGCACUCGCAGAUCGAUAUGACUGGGUACCUGCUCUUACCUGUGCAGAGGCUGACUCGCUACCGCAUGCUGCUGGAACAUCUCGAAAGCAACACCCCAGCUCCUCCCGCCGGCCACCGCGACUUUGUCGGCGAAGCCCUCAACCGUAUCUCCACCAUCCUCCUCUACGUCAACGAAUACAAACGUGAGGUCGACUCUCGCCGACGUCUCUGCCAUUGGGCCGACCAAAUUCAGCUCUCCCAUCCCAGCUCAACCACCACUCCUUCCUCUCUCGUCCAACCACACCGCAUUCUCGUUAGAGAAGGACCGGUCAACUUCAUCGCUAGAGGUAUCAUGGCCCGGCAUCUAGAUCCUGAAGAGGAACUGCCAGAUUCGCCUAAAGGAAGAGGAUCACAGCGCGAAGAGAAGGUCAGUAGGCAGGUUGGAGCAGUGGACAAGCAUUGUAUGGCGGUGCUCUGCCACGAUAUACUUGUGCUGGCGGACAAGGCGGAGGGAGAUGGGUGGAAGGGCAAGCUGGGGCUGGUGGAUGUGGUGAGGUUGAGUGCGAUGGGGAAGGCGAGGGUGGAACAUGGAAACGUUGUUGUUUUUGAAGCCUAUGAGGUCACCUACUAUCUUCAAGUAGAUACGACCGAGAUAGCCAAAGGUUGGGUCGAAGCUAUCAACUAG